UCCUCAGGUAGUCGUGGGGGCGGGACGGGUGGCUCGCUGGCUCAGCGCGCGUGCGGCCGUUAACGUCGUUAACGUCGGUGGGCUCGUGGCUCCGGAGCUUCUCUUUGGGGUCGCCUCCCUGCUAGAACGGCUGUGCUUCUGACGCUGCUGCGAGGAGUAUUGUUUGGGUGGUCCUUGAAGGCACUUCAGUUCAGAGAUGCGGUGCGGAAGCGGCGGCUCUUAGAGCAUAAAGCUUGCAGAUAAUCACAUUGCAAUGUAACUUACAAGAUGUUUGGCCAUGCCGUCUGGAAACUCUAAUAUAGGUCUUAAAAAAGAGAUUUCGAAGUUGUAACAGCUGAGAUCACCAUGACCGCUCUAUGUCCUCCUCCUUCUCCUGCUGUUGCCAAGACCGAGAUUGCAUUGAGUGGAGAGUCACCGUUACUUGCUGCUACUUUUGCAUACUGGGAUAAUAUUCUUGGACCCAGGGUCAGACACAUCUGGGCCCCGAAAACAGAGCAGCAGCUUCUGAGUGAUGGAGAAAUAACAUUUCUUGCCAACCAUACUCUGAAUGGGGAAAUACUCCGGAAUGCAGAGAGUGGUGCAAUAGAUGUGAAGUUUUUUGUUUUGGCUGAGAAAGGAGUCAUUAUCGUGUCAUUAAUUUUUGAUGGGAAUUGGAAUGGGGACAGAAGUACAUAUGGACUGUCGAUUAUACUUCCACAAAGUGAGCUUAGCUUCUACCUUCCCCUUCACCAGGUGUGUGUAGACAGACUGACACACAUAAUAAGAAAAGGAAGGAUAUGGAUGCACAAGGAAAGGCAAGAACACUUCCAGAAAGCUGUCAUAGAAGGCACAGAGAGAAUGGAAGACCAGGGCCAGAGCAUCAUUCCAAUGCUGACGGGAGAAGUUAUUCCUGUAAUGGAACUCCUUUCAUCUAUGAAAUCGCACAGUGUUCCAGAAGAAAUAGAUAUACGUGACACGGUGCUUAGUGAUGACGACAUUGGAGACAGCUGUCAUGAAGGUUUCCUCCUUAAAGCCAUCAGUUCUCACCUGCAGACUUGUGGAUGUUCGGUAAUUGUAGGAAGUAGUGCAGAAAAGGUUAAUAAGAUAGUGCGGACACUGUGCCUCUUUCUCACUUCAGCAGAGCGAAAGUGUUCCAGGCUUUGCAGAAAUGAAACCUCCUUCAAGUACGAGUCUGGUCUCUUUGUACAAGGAUUGCUCAAGGAUGUGACUGGAAGCUUUGUGUUGCCUUUCCGUCAAGUGAUGUAUGCUCCAUAUCCUACCACACACAUAGAUGUAGAUGUCAACACAGUGAAACAGAUGCCUCCAUGCCAUGAACAUAUCUAUAAUCAACGGCGGUACAUGAGGUCUGAGCUAACAGCGUUUUGGAGAGCUACUUCAGAUGAAGAGAUGGCUCAGGACACCAUUAUCCAUACAGACGAAAGCUUCACACCUGACUUGAAUGUGUUUCAAGACGUCUUACACCAAGACACUCUCGUAAAAGCCUUCCUGGAUCAGGUCUUUAAUUUGAAACCCGGAUUGUCUCUGAGGAAUGUGUUCCUUGCGCAGUUCUUAUUAGUUCUUCACAGAAAAGCAUUAACUCUCAUCAAAUACAUAGAAGAUGACACGCAAAAAGGGAAAAAGCCUUUCAAGUCUCUUCGUAGCUUGAAGAUAGACCUGGACUUAACAGCAGAGGGCGAUCUUAACAUAAUAAUGGCUUUAGCUGAGAAGAUCAAGCCUGGUUUACAUUCAUUUCUCUUUGGCCGACCUUUCUACACUAGUGUACAGGAACGUGAUGUCCUAAUGGCAUUUUGAACAUGUUUGUGGGUUGCUAUAGCUCCACAGUGCUAGUCAAAGCUAUCAGUAAAAGGGAAUAUAGUAUUUCUCGUUAUUAAGCAUGUGUUGCUGUCCAGUGCAACUGAAUGUGAAGUUACACUACGGCCCAUAGGAGAGCCAGGCAGGAGUGCUAUUAGGAGUUGAAUCAUUUCAACUUAGACACACAUGAAAUACUCCAUUUUGUUUAUAGUGACAGGAAAAAUUAUUGUGGAGACAUUAAUGCAAACUUAAUGGAUUCAAAGCCACAAAGUAAGGCUGUGGCUUAUGUUUAAUUAAAAAGACUUUUUUUAAAAAAUGGCCUUAAGAAAGCACACUGGAUUUUUCACUUUUUCUUUAAUUUUUUGUAUAGUUGGGCAAAAUGGUGUGUUGGUAUUGUUGGCAAAAUGGUAUGGUCUUCCCUAAUUGAGGGCUAUUGAUUGCACAACAAAUGUCAGACUAUAGAUUUCAGUGAAAUCUGAACCAAUACUACCAGUAUUGAUCUGGUAGUAUGAGCAGUGCCAUAUUUAAAUUUUCCCCUUUAAAGGGGAUACAUACCCUUCAAAGCCACUAGAAAUCUCUGAGCAUUCAAACACAGGCAUGAAAAAGACCAGUGUUUCUUACAGGAGACAGAAUUGGACACGGUCUUGCAGAAUGCUGCUUUUAGACUGACUCUAGAGUUGCACUUCUUUGUGUCAAAAUGCCAAGCAAAUCUACUCUGUUGCUGAUUAUGCUGGACCAUCGUUCCUGCUGCAGUCUUAAUGACUAAUCGCACAUUUAUGGAGCACAAAAUAGGAACAUUAGGUUUUAUGUUGUUGAAAGCAGUUGCCAAGCAGCAACUUUCUCUUAUAAGCUGCUGAGUAAAAGCCAAAUCAAUCUCCUAUAUAUCUUGUGCUUUUUGAAAAUUGAUUAUACCCAUACUUGGGGUAACUCACUCAGUGGAAGGGUGGAGGUAGUAAAAUUGUGGUUCUUUUGAGAUGUGUUUUCUCUUCAGCUCCAACACAUUUACCUCUUACUAAAUUGCUUUCUCUAUAUUGAGAAAAUUAAGAAUACAGAUUUGUCUGCUUUCUACUGCCUUUCAUAUCUGUAUAAAAUGGGAUUGGCUCUAGUGUGCAGGUAUUGCAAAGUUUUAUGCUGUAUUUGAUGAUACAUCUUGAAGCAUGCUGCUGCUGUUUUUGUUUUGUGUUGGCCAAAUGUAGAUACCUGCUUCUCUAAGUGCAAUAUUUUUAUAUUCAAUGACUAGGGAAAUUCAUUGUUAAAAAAUAUCUUUGUGUACAUCUAGGCAAGACUUCUCUUAAAACAGUUCUGGAGCAGUUUUGGAAACCUGUUACCUGGUGUGAUCCAGUUCUGUUUUAAUGCUCAGAUGAAUAUGUGGAGAUCUAAGGAAAGCUUUCCCUUCUAAAAUGUCUAUACUUUUCCAUUAGGCAGGUAUGCAUGGUUGAAUGAGCAAGGGUGCCUCUGUUUGUGUGGAGCAGAGUCCUAGAGGUUUCUGGAACAUAGUGUGUUCCAGAAGUCUAAUUUAUUACAAGAUAAAGUUACUGUGUCAAAAUAAUAAAUAUUGUUGCAGAAGGGGAAUACUGUCAGAACCUAUGGGCAAAAGAAGAGGACAACUGAGACCUGGUGGUAGGAGGGAUUCUUAACUCUGUGGAUUAGUUCCACAAGUGAGUAAGAAGUCCCUUGAGAUUAAAAUUCCAUUGAGUGACUCACUGAGCAUAGCUCUGGUAGCCUGUCAUGUAUGUAUCUUGCAUAAAGAGUUAAGGAGCCACAGAGCUUUGAUGGCUUAAUACCUGCCCUGUGUAGCCUUCUGCAUUUAUUGUACAAAUUUUUUGAAAAUGGGUUAUAUUUUUCUAGGUUAGCAAACUGAAUUAUUUAAAGGGAAUGCUGUCGGAUAGCUAAGAUAAUUAUUCAUUUUUCUGACAUCUAUGUUAUGUCUGGGGUACUGGGGUGUUAAUUUAAAGCAGUCUCUACAACUGUAACUAUUGUUGUUGUAAAUUAGCUAAUUGGAUAUCCGCAUCACUGUGCUUUCUUUGUUUACACAUGUAAUCAUACACUAAGACUGAAUCUGUUUGUGUUUGUGUCACAAAUCUGGUGUUUGUGAGGUGGAGUUUGGAAGAAAUAUAGUAUCUACAUAUCUGAUUUCAAAGUUUAUUCAUACGUAUAGGUUUCUAAAUAGCAAGAUGUUUGAAAAAUCACUGAUAAUUAUUGCUGACAUAAUGUAGAAAUACAACCCUAUUCAUUGCCCCUUUCUUUUAAAAGAAGGCACAAAAGAAUGUUGGGUGGUAAACUGUUUUUAGUUUAAGCGAUUUACAUGUCUUUAGAGUUCUUAUGAGUAAGUUGCCAUGCACAUACUGCAUUACUGAAACAUAUGCCUAAGUGUUUUGGGGUGGACUAUGGGGUGGAGACUGCCUUGGUUGGAAUGAUGGAUGAUCACUAAAAGGGAGUGUGACUCCGUUGAUCCUUUUGGAUCUCUCAGCGGCUUUGGAUACUAUUGACCAUCAUAUCCUUCUGGAACAUCUGAGGGGGUUGGGAUUGGGAGGCACUCCUUUGCAGUGGCUCCAUUCUUACCUCUUGGGCAGAUUCCAGAUGGUGUCACUUGGAGACUAUUCUUCAAAAUGAGCUUUUAUAUGGUGAAAGGAUGUGCAUGGAGUGUUUUGGAACCUCUGAUUUGAGGCGCUGAGGCGCUUUGAGCUUCCCCAGCUGAAUUGUUUCAGCUUUAAAGGAAGGCAGGUCUUCCCUGCCCCUUCACGGUGCUGUUGGUAUUAAACAAGCAGCCGGCAGGCAGCAUUGGCAUAUAAAUGGCGCCUGUGCCUGCAUGGGCGCAGUAUGGUGUUGCUGACCACACAGAUAGUGUUCUUGCACACACAGACACCAUUUAUGUGCCUACAUGGGCUUCUGGGAGCAAGUAAGACCUGCCUUCCUCCUCUUAAAGUGCCCACUCUCCACCCCCACCUCCAGAUGUGCUUCGUGCACUUCCCUAAUAUGGCGACCGCCAGGGCUCCAUACUGUCUCCGGUGCUUUUUAAUAUCUACAUGAAACUGCUGGGAGAAAUCAGGAGAUUUGGUGCAGGGUGUUAUCAGUAUGCUGAUGAUACCCAAAUCUAUUGCUCCAUGUCAGCAUCAGAAGACAUAACCUCCCUAAAUGCCUGCCUGGAGGCAGAGAUGGGCUGGAUGAGGGAUAACAAACUGAGACUAAAUCAGAAUAAGAUGAAGGAACGUAUUGUGUGGUGUCAGAGGAACUCAGGAGACAUUUUUUAUCUGAAUGGGGUUGCACUUCAACAGAAGUAACAGGUACACAGUCUGGAAGUGCUUUUGGACCCAAACCUCUCUCUGGUGUCUCAGGUUGAGGCAGUGGCCAGAGGUGCUUUCUAUUAGCUUUGGCUGAUACACCAGCUACGUCCCUUUCUUGAGCUAAAUGACCUCAGAACCUUAGUACAUAUACUAAUAAUCUCCAGACAAUUGCUGCAGUGUGCUCUAUGUGGGGCGGCCUUUGUACAUAGUCCAGAAACUGCAGUUGGUACAGAAUGCAGCAGCCAGGUUGGUCUCUGGGUCAUCUUGAAGAUACCAUAUUGCUCCAAUACGUUUACAGGCAAAAUACAAGGUGCUGGUUAUAACCUAUUAAGUCCUAAACCGUUUAGUCCCAGGGUAUUCAAGAGAAGAUAGUCUUCACAAUGAGCCCCAUCACUCACUGAGAUCAUCUGGAGGGUUUGUCUGCAGUUGCCACCCGCUCACCUGGUGGCCAUAUAGGGAUGGGCCUUCUGUUGCUGCCCUAAGACUCUGGAAUGUGCUCCCUGCUGAAAGAAGAGCCUUUCCAUCUCUGACUACUUUUAAAAAGUUUCUAAAGACACAUUUAUUCACCCAAGCAUUUUAACUAGACUUGUGGUUUUAAAAUGUUUUAUGAUUUUAAUUUGUGUUUUUCUGUAAACACCAGAGACGGAAGUUUGGGGCAGAGUAAAAAUAUAAUAAAACAAUUGUAGCUUUUUGCAUUAUGGCUAAUACCAUUGACACUACUAACAAGAGAAACGUCUUGCCUGAAACUCAUUAGAGUUUCCAAUUCCAUAAUAAAACGUCUGCACACUAAAACAUGUUCUAAGUUUUUAUGCACUUUUAUUAUGCAUGUACAGUAUAAUAAAGGCUUAAUCUUC